CAAAGACGGCACUGCCCAAACCACCUCUUUGGCCGUAGUAUCGCACAGGCGCACAGCACAGCACGCUCUAUCCACUCCUCCGCUGCCACCGCUACUGCUGCAUCAGCAGAGCAAGCGGCAGGCGCUGCAGCGCAGGGCAACCGAACACAUGGCUCAGAUGAUCUCCACCAUGCCCAUGCUGGACGCCGCCCCGGCGGCCGCGUCCACCAUUAUGCCCAGACUGCAGGCCGCCGCCGCCGCCGCCGCCUGCCUGGACGCGCCGCCCUCGGGCAUCGCCGUCGUGUCGAGGCAGCACGUCCGCCCGGACGCCGCGUCGGCGCCGGCGGUCGGUGACCUCGCGCUGUCCGUCUCCGACCUGCCCAUGCUGUCGUGCCACUACAUCCAGAAGGGGCUCUUCUUCCCGGCGCCCGACCUGCCCAUGCCCUCGCUCGUGCUGCUGCUCCGGUCGUCGCUGUCCCGGGCGCUCGCCGCCGUCCCGCCCCUCGCCGGCCGCCUCGUCACGCUGCCCGACGACGACGGCCGCGUCGUCGUCCGCUGCAACGACGGCGCCGGCGUGGACUUCCUGCACGCCGUCGCGCCCGGCCUGUCGCUCGACGACUUCCUCGUCCCUGGCGCCGACGUGCCGACCAAGCUCACCAAGGACCUGUUCCCCAUGGACAUGGACCGGACCGUCAGCUACGAGGGCCACCGUCGCCCGCUCGCGUCGUUCCAGGUCACCGUGCUCGGCGACGGCGCCGUCUUCAUCGGCAUCGUCGCCAACCACGCCGUCGUGGACGGCACCUCCUUCUGGCACUUCUUCAACACCUGGGCGGCCAUCUGCCGCGGCGACUCGCCCACCAGGCUGCCGGACUUCAGCCGAAACUUCUUUGGCGAGUCCACCGCCGUCCUCCGCUUCCCCGGCGGCGUCGGCCCGUCGGUGACAUUCGACGUGGACGCGCCGCUCCGUGAGCGCGUCUUUCGCUUCAGCGCUGACGCAGUUCGCCAGCUGAAAGCGGUAGCCAACCGUCGUCCGAGCCGUGGCCAAGACGCCGAGGUUUACGGCAAGAUGGCGCAGGACCCCAAGAACGAUCCCCUAGUGCGCGGGCGCGGCGGGGAGGAGAUCUCGUCGUUCCAGUCGCUGUGCGCGCAGAUAUGGCUCGCGGUGACGCGUGCCCGGAAACGCCUGGAUCCCGACGCGACGACGACGUUCCGGAUGGCCGUGAACUGCCGGCAUCGGCUGCGGCCGGCCGUCUCCCCUGCCUACUUCGGCAACGCCAUCCAGAGCGCUGUGACGACGGCGACGGUGACGGAGCUGCUGGCUUGCAGCGAUCUACGGUGGGCCGCGGGCAAGCUGAACGCGAGCCUCGCGGCGUACGGCGACGGCGCGAUCCGGCGCGCGGCGGCGGCGUGGCAGGCCGCGCCCCGGUGCUUCCCGCUGGGCAACCCCGACGGCGCGGUGAUCACGAUGGGAAGCUCCAACCGGUUCCCGAUGUACGAGGGCAAUGACUUCGGGUGGGGGCGGCCCCUCGCGGUGCGGAGCGGCCGCGCCAACAAGUUCGACGGCAAGAUGUCGGCGUUCCCGGGACGCGCCGGGGACGGCAGCGUGGACAUCGAGGUGUGCCUGACCCCGGACACCAUGGCGGCGCUGCUCCGCGACACCGAGUUCAUGCAGUUCGUGUCGGGCCCGUCGCAUCUGUUGUGAUGUACUGUGCUGUACCGGUGCCAUGCGUGCGGGCGCGAAUGGGGCCAUCGGGUCGGGCGGCGUCAGGGCUGCUGUUGGAUUUGCUCGGUCGUCCUUGCCUUUAGCGAGAACUAGCUAGUUGGUGCCAAAGACAUUGUAUCUGUCUCGCUUCUUCGCAGUGCUGCGUGAAAUCGUGUUAGUUAGCAACUACUACUAGUACUUGGAAUUUGGAAACUACUGUUAUGCUGCAGCCUCUGCAAGCGAUGCAACAGCGUGGAGAAUAUGAACCGUGUAUAUUAGACCGUACAAAAAGUUAUAUAAAAUAACCUUUUACCAUUA